UAAUACUGCCCAUAGUGCUGUGUUCACGGAAGUGCUGCGGGUCCCUGGUUUCCAUGGGUUUCCCUGGAAACGGCGGCGGCCCGGGGUCGGGCUUCGGCCCGUUGCUCCUUCUCGGUGGUGUAUCUGCUGUCUAUCUGCGGACAGUACAGCGCACGGUGCCCGGGGGUGACUCUGGAGAGCUGGUGACUGCUGCCUGCGAACUGGGGGUGGCACAUCCUCCUGGAUACCCAUUAUUCACUAUCCUCGCCAGGCUGGCAAUGACCAUUCUUCCACUGGGCUCCCCUGUUUUCAGAGUCAAUGUUUUGAAUGCUUUGCUGGGAGCAGCCACAGCCCCACUACUCUUUGAGGCGGCUGGUAGGUUGUCAAAUUCAUACUCUGGAGGAAUUCUUGCUGCUGGCCUCUUUUGCUUUUCCCGGCUGGCAUGGCAGUGGUCCGUUGCAGCUGAGGUUUUCACCUUGAACAAUUUUUUUGUUAGCCUUCUCAUGGUCCUGACGGUUCGAUUCAGUACAGCAGCAACGGCACAGGAAAGGUCAAAGCUUUCUCUGUUGGGAGCAUUCACUUGUGGCCUGAGUCUGUGUAACCAGCAUACCAUUGUUCUCUAUGUGAUGUGCAUCGUGCCCUGGGUGUUGUUUAGACUACAAAGAGAGAAGGAGAUGUCUGUGAGGGCCAUACCAAGGUUAGGCCUGUGUUUUGGAGCUGGUCUGCUGCCUUAUCUUUAUCUGCCCAUCUCGUCUUACCUCAAUCGAGCACGUUGGAGCUGGGGAGACCAGACCACUUUGAGAGGCUUCACCACUCACCUGCUGCGGGAGGAGUAUGGCACAUUCAAUUUGGCUAAAUCUGAGUCUGGUUCUGGGCUGCUGCAGGUAUUGAGUUUUCAGAUGGCACAAAUGAAGAAUGAACUUUCAACAAUUGGAGCAAUCUUGGCACUCACUGCCAUCAUACUACAGGGCUUUAAAAGGAACUUUUCUCAGCGUUCAGUGUUGUGGCUGUUCACUGUUAUGCUCUGCUCCUACUCCUUGUUCUUCUCCUGGAGAGCAAACUUGGACAUCAGCAAACCUCUCUUUGUUGGAGUGGUUGAAAGGUUCUGGUUACAAAGUAAUUUGGUGGUGUGUGUCCUGGCAGGCUGUGGUCUAGCUUCAGUUUCCUCAGUAUUACGGAGAAUAAUUGGUAAUAAGGCACUGUGGUGCUGGGCAGAGUGGCUCUUUGUCAUCAGCCUCAUUGCUUUUCAAAUCCAUCUGAAUUACAGGAUCUGUGACCAAAGUAAUAAUGGAGUUGUGGAUACGUUUGCCAGAAAUCUGUUGGGCAGCCUGCCUCCAAAUGCAACAAUUCUGGUUCGAGGAGAUCUUCCAGGAAAUUCCCUGCGAUAUCUCCAUUAUUGUGAGGGACAAAGACCUGAUGUUAGCCUAGUGGAUCAGGAGAUGAUGACCUAUAACUGGUAUUUACCAAAACUAGCCAAGCACCUACCACAUGUCCAUUUCCCGGGAAAUCGCUGGAACCCCAUCAUUCAAGAGGAUUCUGCUGGGACUGUGACAUUCAACCUGCAUCACCUACUCAAUGAGAACAGAGACAAGGAAAUCUUUGUGUGUAUAGGACUGCAUGAAGGAGACCCAAGCUGGAAGCACAGUUAUUCUCUCUGGCCUUGGGGGGUCUGUGAGAAACUGGUUCACUCUACCAGUCAAUUCAGCCCAGAAAGUUGGAUCCAACACACCAAGAACAUGUACAACUGGACAGAGGAGUAUGGCAGGUUUGACCCAGCUUCUUGGGAAGCUAUAGCAAAUGAAGAAAUGUGGCAAGCAAGGAUGAAGACUCCUUUCUUCUUAUUUGAGUUAGCGGAAAAUCCACAACAAACGGAGGCAGUAAAGGUGCAGCUCUAUAAGUAUGCCUACGAAUUAUAUAAGGAGCUGGUCACUGCAAAAAAACACCCAGUUAAUUGGCACAAAAAUUAUGCCAUAGUGUGUGAGAGGAUGCUGUGGCUCCCUGCAUGGACUGCUGCUGGUGUGGACCCAGAAUUGCUCCUGUCAGAAGCUAUCAAACAUUUUUCACUCUAUGUGGCCAAAGCACCAGAAGACCCUCAGAAAAUAGCCAUUGAUGAAGUUAUCAAACACCUCAGGAAGGAACGAGUAAGAGCAGGAAUCAAAUAGAAGAUAAGCCAUCUGAAUUUGAACUAAUGUUCUCCUAAGUGUUGAAGGAGAUUUGCCCAAUUUUGUUGCUCAAUGGAGAAGCAUCCCGCUCAAGACUUGAUAAAUACUCAAAAUUGAUAUUCAACCACUUGAUCAAGCCAGAAGAUCGACAAGUUAUGGAGCUUAUUUGGUUAAUGAAUCCAGUCUGGUUAAGUUGCAUUGCAUGUGGCCGAGUGGUACCUGGAUGACUGAUCUCUCACUCACAGCUGAUUGGUUUCUAACAAUUUAACAUAUGUCUUUUAUAUCGUGAGACUGCUGGCAGGAGCAGGUCAGAAUUUUACAAAUGUCUUCCUUGUGGUACAGCAUGUUCUGUACAGUCUACACUGGUAAAAUGUCAGUAUGAGUUGAAUUACUAGUCUACCAUUUGACAAGAUACUGGCUCAUCAUCUCUAGAAUGACGUUGAUGUGUUGCCUACUGCACUAACAAAACUCAAAAAUUCCACCAGUUGCCGACAUUUGAAUGCAUUGUUCCACUUCACUGCAUCGGCCUGGCCCUCUGGAUUACUACUAGUCCAUCACAAUCUGCUGGUGAAUCUAAAUAAUUGCUGAAAAGUUAAAUCCAUUUGUUUGACAUGGACUGAUUGGACUGAAGGAUGUGUUUCUUUGCUGUAUGACUCAAUAGAUGGGUCACCUGAAGAAAGCUUAGGUCUGGUAAAUGAAGGCAUGGCACAGAUGUCUUUUUUUUUGUUAUUAGGCCGUGAUGUCCAAACUUUAGUUUUGCAGAGUUUGAGGUUAAGGGCACUCAAAUGUUCUCAGGAAUUCCAUUUAUAUUCAUGUUUUGGAUCAAAAUGGAGGUAAGAAUCAAGUGAUCCUUCAGGCACCCAACCUGAGAAUGAGUAUCUCUUGACAGUGCUACUGAUUAUUUAUUGAUAAUUAAGUCAGUGGAUGGAAUAUUAAUUGACUGGAUUGGAUGUGUUGUUCUAUCUAUUCCCAUAUGAUGUGUGUGAUAUCAUUUUAUAUUUUGAUUAAAAAUAUCUAUAUAGCCAUAUUCUCAAUUUCGAAUAAAAUCUUACUUUGCCUACAUUCAUCUUUUGAAAUGAUCACCUGUUUUAUGAAAUGAUCACCUGUUUUAUGAAAUGAUCACCUGUUUUAGUCUUACACAGGCAGCCAUUGAACCCAUACCUAUUUUUUUUCAAAAAUACAAAUUGAAAAUCAAGACAUUGAAUCCUAUUAAAGUAUAGAGUCCUGUAUCUAAUGACAAAGAUAAACAAUGUCACUAAUGAUUUGAUAAUGAAUACUCCAAGGUAUCAAACUCUCUGUGCUUCAUUGUAUAGAUACAACACACACUCUAAUGUGAAUAGAAAUCAAAUGUCAAUGUUGCACUGACUCUAACAUGAGAAUAAAACAGAUAAUGCCUCCCUCAUCCAGCACACUCUGGUUUGGUACCAGCAGUAUAUUCGAAAUCAAUUCUGGCCAAUGCAACAUUACUGUUUAAGUCAUGAAGUCAGUGUGCACAUGCCCAGAGUGGAUAUUGCAAUUACCUAACAAGUUUUAUUUAAUUUGGAAUAAUUCAAAUUGUACUUAGACACAUAAACAAUCAUUUUGCUGUCAGCUGGGUGAGCCGUAAAGUAUGAAGUACUUCACAGAAACAAAUGCCUUUGGUGGUUACACAGCUAUUUUAUUUUACUGGUUCUGUAUUGAAAAACACUUUGUUUUAAAAUGAUUGACAGCAAUAACUUUCUGAAUCUCUAAACGCGUAAAGACAUGAGCCGCAUGUUACACAUAACUGAGACUCCUGUGAUCCAGCAAUUACAGGAGGCUGUGGUGUCAUGGUAGUAUUGAUCCACAGACCAAGCCUCAUGUUUUGAGGACAUACCAUCAUAGCAGAUGGUGAACUCCAAUAAAACCUAGUCUAAUUAUGAUGCAACAAUUAGCAAUUAUUUUAAAAACCCUCUUGUUCAUUGUCCUUCAGGGAAAGAAAUCUUCUGUUACUUGAUCUGACCUAUGAGUUCAUACACAGCAAUGUGGUUGACUUUUGAUUACCCUCUGAGUUUGUCUAGCAAGUCGAUCAUUUCAAGGCAUGACUGUUGGUCCCAUAAAAGAUUAAAUUAAAUUUUCUGGUCGAGGACUGCUGGAUUACCUAAGUACAAUCUGUAUAUUAAUCAAAAUGCUGUAAUUGUUUAUACUGAAACCAAACAAUGUUUACACUGCAGAAUGCAGCCAUUAAUAUUUUUGGAAAAACUUAUGCACUACAAGAAUUAGAAAAUGGGAGAUUUGGAUUAUUCCUGGGUUGGAAAGGAUUUACCAUGUGACUUCUUGGAACUGUCUGCUGUUCACAAAAUGCCAAGUGACAGAAAAUGUUUAACCAAAAAUUGAAUUAAAAGAUUGAUUUUGGCCUAAUUUGGGCAAAAUUUUGAUUUGGGAUAGUUCUGUGUUGGAUGCUGCUUAGUAACAGCCCACGAAUUUGGAACAUUGACCUGUAAAGUUGUAAAUUGUCUUGAAAAACAGCAGCUGGAAUAAAACUGGUAAGAGGAAAGCUUUUAUCAGUAAAAUUAAAAGAGCUCUUUGAAGGAAAACCAGAAACUCUUUUUCAGUGAACAAAUUUGAAUAAGGUUGUAUUUUAAAUAGAACUGCUCUAAAUUUCCCAUUGGAAUGUGUUAUGAAGAUCUUCUGUUAUUUUGCAUUUGACAGCAACUGAUCUCAUCAACAGAAAACCAAGAACUGAGUUAAGUCAAUUUAUUGUCAUAUUAGUUUGGACUCUUUGGCCUACAAUGGUGUUUCUCCCACAAAGUUUUCAAAACAUACAAUACUCUGCAAAACAGUAUCAUCUAUGUGUGAGGAUUAAGAGGGAUAAAAGUCUGCACAGUACCUUGGUUAAUUUGUUUUAGUUUUGCCACUUUUUAAAGAAUGUUUGUUCUUGAACAAUUUUUGGUGUAUUGAAUAAAUUGAGCAAUUCAUUUCAAUUCUUAGACAGCAGUAAGCUACUUUGGUGAUUAAAUAAGACAUGGCAGGGGCUUGAGUUCAGCACGUUUCUCCCAUCAGCAUUAUCAGACUGCACUAUUUGCCAACGAAGCAAUUGUCUCCACAUUCUGCCUUAUUCUUCUGACCCCUGCAUGUUCAUCCUCUACAGAUGGUAAUCCAAUACUUUCUGGAAUGGAUCAGUCAAGGCAGUCUCCUGUUUACCAAAUCCAUUCCUGAUCCUAACUAUAUCGUGUGAAAAGGUUUCUUAUGCCAUAUCUUGUACUGUUCCCCUUAAGAAUUGUCUCCACUUUCUUCCCAAAAAAAACUUUACAUUUCUAUGUAUUGACUUGCAUCUUGCACCUGUCCACUUCCUCCAACAUGUCCAUUUGCUUUGAAGUUCUACCCUGUCCUGUUCACUUCGUGAUGUUUCCAAGUUCAUCAGCAAACUUUGAAAUUCUGUCCUCCACAUCAAGAAUCAAACAUCCUUCAAGUAUUAUUGCUUUGUGUAUUCAUGUUGCUACCUUUCCUUUUCUUACUCCAUGAGCUAUAACUUUGCUCAGAUUUGUUGUGCAGUGCUGUGGCAAUUACCUUUUCAAGUCCAUAGACAGCAACGCAUUGCUCUUAUCAACCUUCUUGCAUCUAGAGAUAUUCAAACUUAAACCCGAAUUAUGCUAAAAACCCAUGCCAAUUUUGUUUAAUUUAUCCACAUUUGCUUUAUUAAUGUAGUCCUAAAUAAUUAUUCCAAAAGAUUCUUAAACCACCUCGGUUAAAAUGACUAUGAAAUUUCGUGAGCUGAGCUUUGCAUUCACUUGCGUGCGCAAUUUACCAUGGCGAAUCCACUUGUUCUGCACAUCCCUGGACACUGUGGACAAUUUAUCAUGGCCAAUCUCGUUAAUCUUUGCACUGUGGGGAAACUGGACCACCGGGCUGAAAACCACACAGACACACAACAUGCAAACUUCACCACAGUCACCCAAGGCAAAUUCAAAACAGAUCCCAAGUGCUGACCUUACCACCCUUAUUGAAAAACAAGAUCUUCAGGGGACUGCAUUGGGUAGAUAUCUAAAACAUGUCACUUCUUGCAGGGGGCAUAGUUUAAGAAUGAGCUGCUCCCCUUUCAAAACAGAGGAGAAUUCAUUUCUUUCAAAGGCUCAUUCAAAUGUGGAAUUUUAAUACCCUAGAAAAUGGAAGACAUUGUCUUUAAUAUUAUUCAGGACAAAAGAUUUUUGAUAGACAUACAAAUCAUACAACAUAACCUGUGCCAUUCAGUUUCUUCAGAACCAACUGAAUAAUUUUAGACAAGGCCCUAAGAACAGAGAUGGCUGGCUACUGGGAGGAUCCUGGGAAUCCUAUCUACUGUAAGGGCUGGUGAUUCUCACCCGAGUUCCAAACUUCCAGCUCAGCACUGUCCCCAUGACUUGUCCGGACUUGUCCUACCUGUCUAUCUCCU